UACUUCGUCCGGCCGCCGCCGGGGCUUUGCGCGCUGCUUUUUGAGCGCGCGUCUGCCCGGGGCUGGGCCCGGGACGCGGCCGCGCGGGAUGGCGCAGCUGGAGGGCUACUACUUCUCGGCCGCCUUGAGCUGCACCUUCCUGGUGUCCUGCCUGCUCUUCUCCGCCUUCAGCCGCGCACUGCGCGAGCCCUACAUGGACGAGAUCUUCCACCUGCCGCAGGCGCAGCGCUACUGCGAGGGCCGCUUCUCCCUGUCGCAGUGGGAUCCCAUGAUUACUACGUUGCCGGGCCUGUACCUGGUGUCAGUUGGAGUGGUCAAACCUGCCAGCUGGAUCCUGGGAUGGUCUGAACAUGUGGUCUGUUCCAUUGGAAUGCUCAGAUUUGUUAAUCUGCUCUUCAGUGUUGGCAACUUCUACUUACUGUAUUUGCUUUUCAGAAAGGUGCAACCCAGAAACAAGGCUUCUUCAAGUAUCCAAAGAAUCUUGUCAACAUUAACACUAGCAGUAUUUCCGACCCUCUAUUUCUUUAACUUCCUUUAUUACACAGAACCCGGGUCUGUGUUUUUCACUCUCUUUGCUUACUUGAUGUGUCUUUACGGCAAUCAUAGGACUUCAGCCUUGCUUGGGUUUUGUGGCUUCAUGUUUCGUCAGACCAAUAUCAUCUGGGCUGCCUUCUGUGCGGGACACCUCAUUGCACAGAAGCUCAGUGAGGCCUGGAAAACUGAGCUGCACAAGAAGAAGGAAGAGAGGCUUCCCCCCAUUAAAGGACCGUUUUCGGAACUCAGAAGAGUACUUCAGUUUCUUCUGGUGUAUUCCAUGUCGUUUAAGAACCUGAGUAUGCUUUUCCUUUUGACCUGGCCCUACGUCCUUCUGGUGUUGGCGUUCGUUGUUUUUGUAGUCGUCAAUGGUGGGAUUGUGAUUGGUGACCGGAGCAGUCAUGAAGCUUGUCUUCAUUUUCCUCAGUUAUUCUACUUUUUCUCAUUCACUGCCUUCUUCUCCUUCCCUCACCUACUCUCUCCUACAAAAGUCAAGACUUUCCUCAGCUUAAUUUGGAAACGUAGAGUUCAGUUCUCUGUGAUUAUGCUAGUCUCAAUGGUUUUUGUUUGGAAAUUCACUUAUGUCCAUAAGUAUUUACUGGCGGACAAUAGGCAUUACACAUUUUAUGUGUGGAAAAGAGUAUUUCAGAGACAUGAAAUUGUGAAAUAUUUACUAGUUCCAGCCUACAUGUUUGCUGGUUGGGCCAUAGCUGACUCUUUGAAAUCAAAAUCAAUUUUCUGGAAUUUAAUGUUUUUUGUAUGCUUGGUCGCUUCUACAGUUCCUCAGAAACUACUAGAAUUCCGUUACUUCAUUUUACCUUACAUUAUUUAUAGGCUUAACAUACCUCUGCCUCCCAUAUCUAGACUUGUUUGUGAACUAGGUUGCUAUACAGUUGUUAAUUUUCUAACUUUUUAUAUCUUUCUGAACAAGACUUUUCAGUGGCCAAAUAAUCAGGACAUUCAAAGGUUUAUGUGGUAAUAGUAGGAAUAUUUUGAAUUUUAAAAGUAGACUAUUUCUACAACAAAUAACUGGAUAAGUAGAAAUGGAAUUCCUGUUAGGUAAAUUCAGGGAAGUUGAGUGAAAAGCAUUAAGUUUGAGACCAGCCUAAAAGCCUGAAUAGUAGUCAUAAGGUUGCUUACAGUUGUCUUGAGGAGUACUAGUACUGCCAACUUCUCACAGGCUUGGGGA